GGCCCCGUGGGGGUAAAUUAAGGCUUAAACAUACUGCAUGUAGCCUACAUGUAUAUAAUUAAAGGUUUAAUAAUAUCGUAUUAAUUAUAUACAGGAUACAGCAAAAUACAGGUGCCACAGUACAGAGAUACGAUUUUACAAAAGCGCCCUCUUCGCUAGUAAUUAGGAAGAACAUUGGACUUCAGUAAUAAUGCCUCUCGAAAGUACGGUAGUUUGUGUUGACACCAGUGAAUACAUGCGGAAUGGAGAUUUUCUUCCAACCCGCAUCCAAGCACAGCAAGAUGCAGUCAAUCUUGUGUGUCUCUCUAAGACCCGCUCUAAUCCUGAAAACACUGUUGGUCUUAUCACCCUCUCAGAUGUAAAAUGUCUAGUAACCAUGACAACAGAUGUUGGGCGGAUCUUAGCUAGGCUGCACCAGGUAUCACCUAAUGGCAAGCUUAGCUUCAUCACAGGGAUAAGAGUAGCACAUUUGGCCCUGAAACACAGACAAGGCAAGAAUCAUAGGAUGAGGAUCGUGGCAUUUGUUGGAAGCCCGGUGGAAAAUGAGGAGAAAGAGCUUGUCAAAAUGGCCAAGAAAUUGAAGAAAGAGAAGGUAUCUGUGGAUGUGAUCAACUUUGGAGAAGAUACUCUGAACACUGACAAGCUGACAGCAUUUAUCAAUACUAUUAAUGGAAAUGAGGGCACAGGAUCUCAUCUGGUCACCAUUCCCCCUGGUACGCUGCUGUCUGAUGCCUUGAUGAACUCACCUAUCAUUGUAGGAGAAGAUGGUUCUGGUGCUGUUCCAGGUCUACCUGGGGCAACUGGUGGAGAGUUUGAGUUUGGCUUUGAUCCAUCAACAGACCCAGAAUUGGCCAUGGCUCUACGUAUCUCAAUGGAGGAGCAGAGACAGAGACAAGAGGAUGACACUAAGAAGCCUGGUGAUGCGCCGGCUGAAAAACCUGCUGCUCAACCUGCCGAUUCCGAGGAAGCACUCUUGGAGCAAGCCCUGACUAUGUCAAACCAACCGAUGAGUAGCUUUGAGGAAACACCUACACCUGACCUUGGUGCUAUGACAGAAGAAGAACAGAUUGCUUAUGCUCUCCAGAUGUCUCUAAGACAGACGGUCGUAGCUGAUCUGCCUUCAUCAUCAGCUGAACCCACCUCCCAAGGUGAAACACCUAUGGACACUGAUACACCAGCUACAGAUUCAGCAGCCUCGAAGCCUGAUGAUGAUUUCAGCGAGGUAAUGAAUGAUCCAGAAUUCCUUCAGAGUGUAUUGAGCACACUACCAGGGGUUGAUCCUACCAGUGAAGAUGUACAAAGAGCAAUGGGAAACCUGACACAACCAAAGGAUUCAGAUAAACCAGAAGAUAAAGAAAGCAAAAAAUAAUUCAAGAAAUCCAUGCCACUAUAUGUAUUUGUUUAGUGUAAGCAGUUUGUAUAUUAAAAUGUAAAAUGUUUCAUCUUAAGAUGAAUUGUUAGUAUUUCACAUUCAAGGAACAAGAAUCCAAUCUAUGCCCGAGUUGUUAGAUGCUGUAGAAAUCAUACAUUGUAACCUUUUGCAACAACCUUAUUUGCCCUCUAUAGUUAGGGUCAAGAAAGUAAUUCACAUUAUUUGGAUUAAAAAAGAUGAAAUUUGUUACCUAUUGGGGAUUAACAAUCCAAGAGCAGUCGUUUAAAUAUUUAUUUGAACAAAAAUAUAAGGUGAGAGAGGAUUUUCAUAGUUGCUAUAAGCAGAUAUUUUUUUGAUAGUCUACGUAACUUUGGGUGUGACAUGGACAUCUGAUUUUUCUGGACACUAAAUGCUAUUCAAAUUCCUGCCAGUGAAGUUAGACAUGAAUGGUGUUCAAAUCAUGAAUUGUCACUACUAAUUUCAGAGGUAUAUGUCAUGUACCACAGCAGAUAAAUUAUACAUAUUCCUUAUUUAAAGCAAUAUAACAAUUCAAAAUUACAUGCCUGAGAUGAUAGACUUCAAGCUAUAUAAGGCAAUAUUGAACUUGUGUUUAUGCCCAUGUUGAAUGAGGUGGUCUUUAUUAUUUAUUACAAGAGCUUUAUUACAUGUCAGACAGCUAUGAUAAUCAACAUCAACUGUUGAUUAAUAUUAAAGCUAUAUCUAACUGCAUUAAAUAGCAAGUAUCCACAUUUAAUAAUACAUGUAUAUCAAGCCCAGGUGCUGUCAUUUAAAAGUUCCUGAUCCCUAUCACAUAAAAAUACUUUGUAGGGCUUCAAAAAUUAUCUAUGAAAAUCAUUGAUGUCACAAUACCUCAUCUAAAAUUGUUUUUCUUUUGAUAACAGCUGAAUGGUUGAGAUGAUGACAAAUGCAUUAUUUAAUUCAUCUCUCAUAAAUUAUGAUCAUACAUAUGCGCUCUUGGCAAUUAAAUUAUCCAGCAAAUGGAGAACUGUAGUUGGGGUUUGAAUUUGAAUUCAUCACACUUCAGAAAACACUUGUGUUUGAUCAAAUUAGUUUCAAACUAUGAAAGCCCCAGAUACCUUCAUGUAGAAUGCACCUUUGUAUGAAAAAAUCAGAGUGAUCAAGGAGACAGUGCAUACGCUUACAUGAAAAAUUAUUACAUCAGUGACUUUCAUAUUUGAGAUUAAUUUGAUCAAUUGCAACUCUUUGUUAGAGUAGGGGCAAAUGUGCUUAUGACUAUCUUACUGAAUUGUUGCACAAGGUCCGUGGAUGAAUGAUGAAUUUUCUGAUAUCUUGUAAUUCUCAAUCUACUUGUUGUAUUUGUUUAUGGUAUGUAAGCAUAUUAAAAUAUGUUGUUGGAAGAAUAAAUGUAUGAAGAAAAAUAGUAA